ACACCCUACAACCCCGGGCGCACAUAUUCCCUCCCUCUGUGUAUUUUCCUCUCCGUCGCAUGCUCAUGGUUUUCCCUCGAAAGGACGCACCAUCUGACGCGAAGCCCAGGCAGGGCGGUUCCAUCCGUCCUCCCUCCUCGGCGGCAGGAGAAGAUGGCGGGAGGCGUAUCGACGGCGAUGAUAGCAGCGGCACGAUGGUCGCUUUGUUGGCGGACGCUGGCUGCACCCUUUGCACGUCCUUGUCCUCGCCCUUCCCCUUCAUCCUUCCCGACGUCAACGCGUUCCAACGUCGCCUCGAAAAACUCCUUUCCUCCUCCUCCUCCUCUCAACCUCCCAACAAUGUCCUUUCUGCUUUCUUGUCCGGUUUCUCUUCCUACAUCCAAAACCCUCUCAAUUUUAAAAGGGCCCUUAGGGUCUCAGCUUCUUGCGGCAACAGCCUUGUUCGGAUCCUUCUCCUCGUCCCCCCGCUGCAACUACCUCUCCAAAACCUGCUUCUUGGGAAGAUGCCGGAGUUUUUUGUCUCCGACUGCGAAGCAUUGACGGAUGAUGUGGCGAGGCUCAUUGUGGACCAAUUUCGUUGGCUUGAUUUCCUGGUAGACCCGCGGGCGUUUUCCGACAAGCUCUUGCAAGUUCUUUCCAUUUGCCCAUAUUCACUCAAGAAGGACAUCAUCGGGUCAUUGCCAGAGAUCCUCGGGGACCAGAAUCAUGAAGAGGUGAUCUCCACGCUUGAACGGAUGUUGCUCGAGGACUCAGAACUCCUUGUCCCUGUGCUGGAAUCCUUUUCAAACCUGAAUCUUGACAGUCAAUUGCAGGAACAGGUGGUCACAAUUGCCCUCUCAUGCAUCAGGACAGUGAGCGCCGACCAUCUGCCGCAUCUGUUGCGGUUCUUACUUCUUUCUGCAACACCAGCGAACGCAAAAAGGAUAAUCUCGCACGUCCGCAAACACGUAAUAUUCGGAGGGACAAUCGAUUGUCGCGCUUGUAAGAACAAGAAGCUGACGGGAAAGUCUGCUGCGGUUAAUGCGGAGGCCUUAGUUUACGAGGCUUUGCGUUCAAGCCUUCGAUUUAGGAACGUUAUUUGUGAGACCAUCUUGAAAGAGCUCAAGUGCAUUGACAAGGCACAUGACUAUAAGGCCCUUGAUGUGUGGCUGCUGAUUCUGAUAUUCUCAAACCGGGGCUCUCAAAGCAAAGCAAAAAAGGUUAUGAAAAAGAAAAUUGUUGAUGGUUUGCUGCGCGAGACAUUGUUUGGCCAGUGCAUUUAUGGGAACAGGCAUUUGGUUCAGGAUUGUUUCUCCUCUUUUGUUUCAAUUGGAGAGUUCCUCCUUGCAUGUAAAGAACAAAAUGCAAGAGAAUUUGGUGUCUAUAUUUACAUUACCUUGUUUGAAGAGUUUCUCGACCGAUUUUCCCGAGACCAAAUUCUUGGUUCACUUAUUAUGCACAUUGGCUCUGGUCUAAGUUUUGAAGUGAACUCUGCUCUGGAGACCUUGGUCUUGCUUUCAUCCAAAUACUCACAAGAGCUCAUUUCAAAUUGCUCACAAAUAUAUGGUAUUCUGGACUAUCUAGAGGGAUUUAAUGAAGACAAUCUACAUAAGGUUUAUGAACUCUUCAGUCAUUUAGCAUUGUCAGUUAGGUCAAAUGCCAUCUCCGAUACAUCUGGUAUUGCAAAUGAACUUUUGAUGAUUAUUCGCAAACAGGUUAGCAAUCCAGAUUGGCAUUACAAAAGAAUGGGUAUAAUUGGCACACUAAAAGUAGUUUCUCUGUUGGGUGAUAGUAAUGCUUCUACAUGCAUGUCCACUUCUGUGAAACCAAACAGUGAUGAGGCUUUGGACUUGUUAAGGAUUGCAUUCCACUCUUGCAAAGAAUCUCCUUUGCUUUCUAUCCUGUUAUAUGAUCAGUUGGCUCUCGUACUACAUGGCACAAACCUUCAGCCACUUAUUAUGGAGUGGAUGUAUGAACUUGUGGGAGAGUUUGAGUCUGAAUUCAUUCAUGACCUUGAGGGAGGCCAACCAUCUACCAAUGUUCAGAAGAGCGGCGAUUUACAAGGUGAAAUGUGGAUGAACUUAGAUGGUGAUCUCUCUCCAAUUUGUUUGAACAUACUAUCACUGCUUUCUUCAUCAGAAAGGAAAUCAGCCACUUUGCAGUUCCUUCCAGCCAAGUUCCUGUUACUGUCAAUUGUUGUUAAGUUGACAAAUCAUGGUUCUCUUGGAGAUAUUGAUGCGCUUCUUGGUUGUCCAUUAUAUCUUCCUUCGACCAAGUAUUUUAAGGGAACUGUCUGGAAGUCUCUGAGUGGAAAAGAGAAGCAAACAAUAUGCCUUUCACUCUAUUAUUCAAUCAAUUGGAUAAGGGAACUGCUUAAUUCCUUUUCUACACAAGUUUCUAUCAAAGAAGAUUUCCUUUCUCGGGUUGCGAGUGUGGGAACAACAUCAAAGUUACUGAUGCGCUUGAGAAACUUGGUGUUAUUGGAGCAUGUUUUGGAAUCAUGCCUUCAGUUGCAUCCACUUUCUCUACCCGAGAUGAACUGUUUAAUAAAGCAUUCACCAACGUCUGGUAAAUGUGAACUGAUGCAAUGUGAAAGUCUUAAUAAGAAGAGAAUGGUAUAUAAGACUUUACACAGUGAUAAGAAAAAACAGAAAACGAGUUCAGCAGAUCAAGCUUCAUAUUGUCAUGCAAAUCUUAGACAGCUUACUAUUUUGGAAGCCUUCAAAAAAUCUGAUGCUGCAACAGGUGUUGAGGUAUCUCAGGAUUUCUCCUCAAUCUUAGCCAAGGGGGAUUCAGCAGAGGAGCUCAGUCUCUUGGAUAUAUGCUCAGAACCCAAGGUUUUAGAUGCCCAGAGACACAAGUUGAGGCCUUUGUUUGUGAACUCUCUGUCCAUUCUAUCUCUCUCGAAGAAACAUGAAACACACUGUCCAGGUUCAACAGCAGAGCUGCCUCUGCACUUGUAUCUCCUUCGUGAUCUGCAUUUUAAGCUGGAUUGCUUAAGCUGCCGGAGUGAACAUCCUCUUUGUUCUAGCACAAAAGGUUACGAGGCACCAGAUGGUCUCAAUCAUAUGUCCUUCACAGAAUUCCUGAAGGAAAUUAGACCAUUAUUCCCUUGUCUCAGGAAACAUCUUGAGACAGCGAUCUAUGUGCUUAGGCAAGGCACUGCUCAAGCGCCUACCUCAACAUCUUCCAUUGCCAUGUCCAUCUGUAAAGAAAUUUUGUACUGCUACAGCAAAGUACUGAGUCUUCCAGACAUUUAUUCUCAACUGAAUAGUCCAAUUCUUAAAGAUUUACUGGAUGCAUUCAGGAUAAGCGGAACGACGGAUGAUAUUCUUUUCAGCAUCCGGUCCUCCCCAUCAUAUGGGAAUAUAGACUACGCAUUUUGUGAUGAUUAUUCCUUCUUUUAUUCUUUGGCAGAUAUAGCAUGUUCAUCCUCGUUCUCACUGGCAUCAGAAGUACUGGUUGCUCUUCAAUCAAUUGUGAAUUCCAUCCAAAUGUUCAUUGAUAAACUAUCAGAAGGGAUCAGGAAGAACUACAUUGGAUUUGUGAUGGGGAUCCUUCCAACCUUACAGGACAAGCUUGGAGCCUUAGCUCGAAGGCUCUUAGAAUAUGACUGGGAUUGCCAAUUUCAUGAUGGGGACUGGAGAAGCAGUGGCAAGAUGCUUCAAAAGAUACUGCAUAUACACAUAACAAAUGCUCAGCCAGUGCAAGGUUUGCUUAGCGAGCUUGCUUGUACAAUAUUGCCACAGGUUCCUUCUUAUAAAGCUAAGAACAAACAAGAUUCAGUGGAUGGACUCCCAACACUUUGCCCUGCUACACUUGUCACAUGGUAUCAUGAGUUGCAUGAAGAAAAUCUUCGUGUGCUGAAUAAAUUGCUGAAAGAAGUUGGACUAUUGCAAAACUCAAAAACUAUCAACAAGGAAAUGGUGGCAACACUACUGGGACAAAUACAAGUAUCAGUGGACAUUGUCGUAUCAUUAGUAAGCAUGUGCAAGACUCAUGACAAGCUGAACAUACACGUAAUGGCUAUUAAGUAUGGUGGGAAAUUUGUGGACUCCUUUUUGAAAGUUUUUGAUUUUUUACAGAUCCAUUUUGUGGUGCAUAAUGCUGUUAUCAUUCAAAUGAUUAAAGAGCUUCAGAGGGCCACUAGAACCAUACAGACUCUUUGCUCUGAGGCCAAGGUAUCAAGGAGAAUAAUGAUCACUAGCAAGAUUCCUUAUACGAAGAGAAUGAUGGAGCGUUUCCUGUUCAAUGUAAAGGGUCUUUUCCACAGCACGUCAAAUGGAUGCUCCUUUUGGAUGGGUAACCUGAAGCACAAAGACUUGUCAGGCCAAGUGGUGAACUCUCAGGCAUAUGAUGACAAUGAGGAUGGUAACAACACACAAACGCCAUUCAGCCAGAUGGCGGCAGAUUCUGAAGAUGUAAGAGGCAGCCAGGGGUUGCAGGAAACAUAGUAUGUCGUUGUUAUCUCCCGUGACACAACAUUGAAGUCCUCUGGCUUGAGAAGCAAUGGUCAUUGUUGAUUUUCUGAAGAUGUAGGCAGCCAGGGGUGUCAGGAAACAUAGUAUGCCGUUGUCAUCUCCUGUGUCACAACAUUGAAGUCCUCUGGCUUGAGAAGGGAGGUCACAACGUGGAGAUUCUCAGGAAAUGUACAAGUUGGUUUCACCAGGGAUCUGUUUUCUCGUCUUGCUUUCGGUUUAUUCAUCUGCUCAUCAGCCUCGAAGGUACUCAGUUGAAUUCCCCAUGAAAGAGUCCACAUUUCAUUUUCCCGAUGAUGGAUUCUGGCAGGAUCUCCUUCUCUGAAGUGUUGACAGAAUAAAAACAGAAGAACAUUAGAAUGAAAAACUUACCACGUCCACAGUUGUCUGGUCUUGAUGGUUGACCAUGGAAAAUGGUGUCAGCUUAAUGACAUUACUAACAGGCACCUAUUCCGGCCGAAGUUGGCCGGUUUACUGCAGUUGGACAAACCUCGAGCAUGUGUUUGUUAUCAUAUGAUUUGAGACAGCCUUUUGUGAUUA